UUAACUAACUAGAACUAGAAAGGGGGUAAAGACAUUAAAGAUCACUUGAAACAAUCACUCACAUGAUCCUUCCUUCAUCGCAACGCUCUUUGCUUCUCCUCUCUCCUCUCGCUCGCCGCAACAAUCAUCUCUCGCCUCCGUAGCUCCGCCGGUGUUUCUUUGACAUUAACUGAUAUACCUUUUAUGUCAUCUGGGAUUCAUGAGUGAAGCCAUUGUAUUUGGAUUAUGCUAGUUCAAAUCCCGAUUCCAUUCGUAAAGUCCCAUGAUUUUAUGAUUUGAGAAGGGUUGAGCGAUGCGAAUCGCAGAUCAGGAGGUGCAAUAGCUGAGCUAGUGGAAGCUUGAACCUCUAAUAUCAUCAUUACACACCAAGCUUAGCGAGGGGCUAGUGCCAGUUGAGCUAAGUAUUCUGGCUAGAAGAGUGGUCUCUUAAUGAUGCCCCAAAAGCUUCUUGCUUGAUCUACUAUCUCAUGGUCAAACUGGGUUCCAUUCAGCAAACAACAUUUGGAGAGAUGGAAGAGACCUCUCUCUGCUGUGAAGAUUUGCCACAUGGGGAAUGUAUUGAGGUUCAUAAAGAUGAAGAUGCUGCACUAAUUGAAUUAGAUUCUCAAAAUGGGUUUUCUGAAGGAAGAAAGGAAUUUGAUGCACCUGCUGUUGGAAUGGAGUUUGAGUCAUAUGAUGAUGCUUACAAUUAUUAUAUCUGCUAUGCCAAGGAGGUGGGUUUUUGUGUAAGGGUUAAGAAUUCAUGGUUCAAACGAAAUAGCAGAGAAAAAUACGGUGCUGUGCUUUGCUGUAGCAGCCAGGGUUUCAAAAGAACAAAAGAUGUUAACCAUUUGAGAAAAGAGACAAGAACUGGAUGUCCUGCAAUGAUGAGGAUUAGGAUAGCGGAGUCUCAGAGAUGGCGGAUAAUUGAGGUCAUACUUGAACAUAACCACAUUUUAGGUGCUAAGAUACACAAAUCAGCUAAGAAGAUGGGAAAUGGAACUAAAAGGAAGUCAUUGCCUAGUUCUGAUUCUGAGGUGCAAACAGUUAAGUUAUACCGUCCACUUGUGAUAGAUGCAGGAGGUAAUGGUAAUUUAAACCCAAGUGCAAGAGAUGACCGAACUUUCUCUGAAAUGUCUAAUAAGUUGAACGUUAAAAGGGGUGACACACAGGCCAUUUAUAAUUUCCUUUGCCGCAUGCAAUUGACUAAUCCAAAUUUCUUUUAUUUGAUGGAUUUCGAUGAUGAAGGGCAUUUGAGGAAUGCAUUCUGGGCUGAUGCUAGAUCCAGGGCUGCAUGUGGUUAUUUUGGAGAUGUUAUAUAUUUUGACAAUACUUAUUUGUCAAGCAAAUAUGAAAUCCCUCUUGUGGUUUUUGUUGGAAUAAAUCACCAUGGUCAAUCAGUGUUAUUAGGCUGUGGUCUACUUGCAGGUGAAACAACAGAGUCUUAUAUAUGGUUGUUUAGAACAUGGGUUACAUGUAUGUCUGGAUGUUCUCCCCAAACUAUUAUUACAGACAGGUGCGAGGCUUUGCAGAGUGCAAUCAUAGAGGUCUUUCCUAAAUCUCAUCAUUGUUUUGGCUUGUCAUUAAUUAUGAAAAAAGUACCAGAAAAAUUGGGAGGGUUGCACAAUUAUGAUGGUAUCAGGAAAGCACUUAUUAAAGCAGUUUAUGAGACAUUGAAAAUCAGUGAAUUUGAAGCAGCAUGGGGAAUUAUGAUUCAACGUUUUGGAGUUAGUGAUCAUGAGUGGCUUCGUUCUCUAUAUGAAGAUCGAGUUCGUUGGGCACCCGUAUUUUUGAAGGAUGUAUUUUUUGGUGGAAUGUCUGCAGCACGCCCUGGUGAGAGCAUUGGUCCAUUUUUUGGUAGAUAUGUGCACAAACAGACUCCUUUGAAGGAGUUUCUUGAUAAGUAUGAAUUAGCUCUGCACAAGAAGCACAAGGAAGAAUCUUUGGCAGAUACUGAAUCAAGAAACUCAAGCCCUGUGCUGAAAACUAGAUGUUCUUUAGAGUUGCAGCUCUCCAGAAUGUACACAAGAGAAAUAUUCAUGAAGUUCCAAUUUGAAGUGGAAGAAAUGUUUUCUUGUUUUGGCACAACACAAUUACAUGUGGAUGGUCCCAUCGUAAUUUACUUGGUCAAGGAGCGCGUUUUGAUCGAUGGAAACAGACGGGAGAUUAAGGAUUUCGAAGUUGUGUACAGUAGGGCAGCAGGUGAACUUCGUUGCAUCUGCAGUUGCUUUAACUUCUAUGGAUAUUUAUGUCGGCACGCGCUGUGUGUGCUCAAUUUUAAUGGGGUGGAAGAGAUACCUUUCAAGUACAUUCUUUCACGGUGGAAGAAAGAUUACAAGCGCCUUCAUGUUCCUGAUCAUAGUUCUGUUAGCGCUGAUGAUACUGACCCUAUUCAAUGGUCUAAUCAGUUAUUUAGUAGUGCCCUACAAGUUGUCGAGGAAGGCACAAUUUCUCUGGAUCAUUACAAUGUAGCGCUGCAGGCCUGUGAAGAAUCACUGAGUAAGGUUCAUGAUGUAGACCAGAGACAGGACUAAUGUACUGUAAAGGUUACAGUUGAUGUAUGGUACUUUGUGUAUUUCUAGUUGCUUUAGCUUAGCGCUGUUUAACUUUGAUCCUCUUACAUUGUUGAGAUUUUCAAGAUUCUUGACUUUUGACAAUGAAAUUGUAAAGAAUUUUGAAGUGCUUGUUUGUUUUAA